UUUUACUGGAAUCUGUUCAGUGUUUAUUUUAUCGCGCCGUACAAACUUGCAACUAUCUACAUUGUUGAGAUAACGAAAUUUGCUUUUAACGCAACACGAGCCUUUUUAAUCCUGGUCAAAAAACAACAUUAUCGCAUUAUCGAGCUAGAUAUUUACUUCCGGUAAUAGUUCCUCGUUGAUUUUGCAACUACUUAUCACGGAAGACUGCAGAGAUUCCUAACAUAUUAAGUAAAAAUAGAUCAACAACAUAUCUAACCAUAAUUGUCGAGUAAGCCUAUGGUGAAGGUGCUACAAAGUGCACGCACUGAAGAGUACAGAAGCAAUCGGUAAAACUAGACAGUCGUGAAACUUUUGCCAAAAUGAUUACCGGUAUAUUAUUUAUCACACUUGUCGGAUUGCUUGUACACUAUGCUGCUCUACAGUAUGGAAGGCGUGGAAGGAUGAUUAAUAAGAUACCAGGUCCUCGAAUGGCACCAUUUAUUGGAAAUUUGUUGGACUUUCAGACUUCAUCGGCUGAAAUUUGGAAAUAUAUGCGUCAUCUUGCCGAUGAAUAUUAUCCAAUUUAUAGACUUUGGUUUGGUACGACGCCAACCGUAAAUCUUCGCCACCCGGACGACGUCGAGAUAAUUCUUGGAAGUCCGAAAUACAUCCAUAAAAGCAGUAUGUACGAUCCCGUGAUACCUUGGUUAAACACUGGACUUCUUACCAGUUCAGGUGCCAAGUGGCAUCAACGCAGGAAGAUAUUGACGCCCGCCUUUCAUUUCAAUAUAUUGCAACAAUUCGUUGACGUUUUCGUCGAGGAAUCGAACUAUUUGAUCGACUCGUUGAAGAACGAAGGGGGACCAUCCGUACAAGAAUUGGUACCUUUCUACAGCAAGCACACUUUGACUAUAGUAUGCAAAACGGCAAUGGGAAUUUCGUUGCGCGAUAAAGGGAGCUUUCAACCCAAGUAUCGAGAAGCUGUACACGAUAUGGGACAGCUUGUAAUAUACAGAAUAACAAGACCGUGGUUUCAAUCAGAAUUUCUCUUCAAUCUCGUUCCCCAAGGAUGGCGUCAAGCUAAAGUACUACAAAUAUUGCACAAAUUUACUACAGAGGUCAUCGAAGAAAGGCACAAUUAUCACAAUCAGACCAACAAUCAAUACCUAUCGAAUUUUAAGAAGGAUUCAAAUCAAACGGAUGAUGACAUUGACGAAAAAAUUGGCAAAAGAAGGCUUACUAUGCUCGAUCUUCUGAUAGAAACUCAUCGAAAGAAUCAGAUAGACGACGAAGGUAUCAGGGAAGAAGUAGACACAUUUAUGUUUACGGGACACGAUACCACGGCGACUGCCCUUACCUAUAUCACUAUGCUUCUAGCCGAACACAAAGAAGUACAGGAUCGAGCCAGAGCCGAAAUAAACGAAGUUCUAAAUGAAAUUGACGGCAAAGUAACCAUGUCCACUUUGCAAAAUCUGUCAUAUCUCGACAGAUGUAUCAAAGAAAGUCUUCGGCUUUAUCCAAGCGCACCAAGUAUAUCUCGUCGUCUGGAAACAGACGUACAAUUAAAAAAUUACACAUUACCAGCUGGUGCUGUAGUCAACGUGCACAUAAUAGACGUGCACAGGGAUCCAAACUUCUGGCCAAAUCCAAAAGUUUUCGAUCCGGACAGAUUUUUGCCUGAGAAUGUGGAAAGACGUCAUCCAUAUGCUUAUGUACCUUUUAGUGCUGGUCCGCGUAAUUGCAUAGGACAACGAUUCGCUAUGUUAAAAAUAAAAGCAACGUUAUUAUAUUUAUUACAUAAUUUCUAUUUAGAACCCAUUGAUCAUCUCAAAAAUAUAUCUAUUGACAUCAAUCUCACUCUACAACCUACACGUAGUCCCAAAGUUAAAUUCAUUCCCAUUCAAACCACGGAAUGAAAAUCACAUGCUGAAAAUGGAACAGCUGUCUUAAGUAAUGUAAUGUAA